CGCCGCCACCUCAAGACCCUCACGACGCGCGACGGCCUCAUCGGCAGCUACGACUACGCCUACCUCUUCCGGCCACGGCUACCAUUCACGCGCACCCCCCGCCGCAGCGCGCCCUUCUUCAGCCUGCACGCGCGCAUGCCCGUGCUGCUCGCGCUGCUGCUCGGCUUGCAGCACGCGCUGGCGAUGCUAGCGGGGGUGAUCACGCCGCCGAUGCUGCUGGCGGGGGCGGCGGGGCUGUCCGGGUCCAGUAGCGAGUACCUGGUGUCGGCGGCGCUGAUUGCGAGCGGGUUGCUGUCGGCGGUGCAGAUCACGCGCGUAAGGCUGCCGCGGACGGGGUAUUUCGUGGGCACGGGCCUGAUCUCUGUGGUCGGGACGUCGUUUUCCGUCAUCCCGGUUGCGACGGGGGCGUUUGCGCAGAUGUACGCGACGGGGUUUUGUCCGUCGGACGAGGGAGGGAACCGCCUGCCGUGUCCGGAUGGGUAUGGGGCGCUUUUGGGCACGGCGGCGCUGUGCGCGCUGCUUGAGGUUGGGAUGGCGUUUUUGCCGCCGCGCGCGCUCAAGAAGCUCUUCCCGCCGCUGGUCACUGGCCCAACCGUCCUCCUCAUCGGCGUCAGCCUCGUGCAGACGGGCUUCCAGGAUUGGGCGGGCGGCAGUGGCGAGUGUUAUUCCGCCCCGAUGGGCAUGUACGCGCUGUGUCCGAGCACGGCGGCGCCGAGGCCCCUCCCCUGGGGCAGCGCCGAGUUCGUGGGGCUGGGCUUCCUCGUCUUCGUCGCCAUUGUGCUGUGCGAGCGCUUCGGGAGCCCGCUCAUGAAGAGCACGGCCGUCGUGUGCGGCCUGCUAGUGGGGUGCAUAGUGGCGGGGGCGUGCGGGUACUUCGACCGCAGCGGCAUCGACGCCUCGCCCGCGGUGUCGUUCCUCUGGGUGCACACGUUCCGGCUCAGCGUCUACGGGCCGCUCGUGCUGCCGCUGCUGGCCGUGUACGUCGUGCUCGCCAUGGAGGCCAUCGGCGACAUCACGGCCACGUGCGACGUGUCGCGCCUCGAGGUGUCGGGGGCCGAGUUCGACUCGCGCAUCCAGGGCGGCGUGCUGGCGGACGGGCUGAACGGCGUCGUCGCCGCCCUGUGCACCCUCACGCCCAUGAGCACGUUUGCGCAGAACAACGGCGUGAUUUCGCUGACACGCGUCGCCAGCCGCGCCGCGGGCUAUGCGGCGUGCUUCUGGCUCGUCGUCAUGGGCGUGUUUGCCAAGUUUGCGGCGGCGCUGGUGGCCAUUCCCGCGCCCGUGCUGGGCGGCAUGACGACGUUUUUGUUCAGCGCGGUCGCGGUGUCCGGUUUGCGGAUUGUGGCGAGCGUGCCGUUUACGCGGCGGAACCGGUUCGUGUUGACGGCGGGGCUGGCGCUGGGGUUUGGUGCUACGUUGGUGCCGGACUGGUUCUCCCACGUCUUCACCUACACGGGCCCGAACCGCGCACUCCUCGGCUUCUUCAACGCCAUCGAACUCGUGCUGCAGACCGGGUUCGCAAUCACGGCGUUUGCGACUGUGGCGCUGAAUCUGCUGUUGCCGGACGAAGAGGACGAGGGGGACGAAGCGCGCGAGGUUGAGGAGCGCGAGAUU